AUGAGGAAACCAAAUGUUUUUAUGAAGUUAGGAACAUGGAGAGGAGGAGUUCGCAGAUCGAUCUUUGUAUUAAGUAUCUUUGCUCUUCUCAUCUCUCUUGGUACUUUAUCCAAAUUCAACUCUCUCGGAUCAUUUCAUGUCACUGAUACUCUCUGCAAUUAUGUAAACCCUGAGAGCCAAAGCAGGCCAGACAGCCAUUUGAGAAGAACUCUUGAAACUGUUAUUCAGAAAAUCCAACAAGAGCUCGAAAAGUUCAGAGAUUCAGAACCAGAGCCGUCUUCAUCGAAACAUGUGCUGAAAUACAGUUCCUUUCUUGCUGAUAUUUUGGGGCAUAUUAAGUCAGUGCAGACAUCUCUGUCACAGAAUGAAGAGACUCAUAAGCUGAACAGUGGUACCAAAGACAUCCAUCCUCUCUUAAAACCGAAGCAGCAAUCCGAUGAGCCUGCUGAUUACUUUCUGAUCGAGGAGAUUCGAAAGUAUGUCAAGAUCAAGCCGAAUAGAUUAGGAAAGCAGAAUUUCAUGGGAGCCAAUGGAACUUUCACCAGUAUUGGCCAUGCCUGCUUUGCUAUGAAGAAAGAGCUUGAAGAAUACAUGGACUAUGACAUUGGUGAAAUCUGCAACGAUGAUUGGAGGCUGGCUCAGAAGCUAAUGGUUCAUGGAUGUGAUCCACUUCCAAGGAGGAGGUGCUUUUCCAGGGCCCCAAAGCUAUACAGCAAGCCAUUUCCAAUUCACGAGUCCAUGUGGAAGCUCCCUGAUAAUCGAAAUGUCCGGUGGAGCAACUACAGGUGCAAGAACUUUACUUGCUUGGCAAGCAACAAGACUCAAAAGGGGUUCUUCAAAUGUGCAGAUUGCUUCAAUCUUCAAGACCAUGAAAAGCCCAGAUGGAUCAAACCAGCAUAUCUAGACACCAAUUCAAAUGUGACUGCAGAUUUCCUAAUCCCUGAAGUGCUUAACAUCAAGCCUGGAGAGAUCAGAAUUGGACUGGAUUUUAGUGUAGGAACUGGGACUUUUGCAGCCAGGAUGAGGGAAUUCAAUGUCACUAUUGUCUCAGCAACUAUCAAUCUUGGGGCACCUUUCAACGAAAUGAUAGCUCUUCGUGGACUCGUCCCGCUUUACUUGACGAUCAAUCAACGGCUGCCAUUUUUCGAUAACACUCUGGAUUUGAUCCACACAACAAGAUUUCUAGAUGGCUGGAUUGAUUUUGUGCUGCUGGACUUUGUUUUGUAUGAUUGGGACAGAGCUCUGAGGCCUGGGGGUUUCUUGUGGGUUGACAGCUUCUUCUGUUUGAAGGAGGAUUUGAGUGAUUAUUUGGAAGCCCUUAGGAUGCUGAGAUAUAAGAAGCACAAAUGGGUUGUUGUUCCAAAGCUUGAUAAAGAUGAUAAAGAGGUUUUCUUUUCUGCUCUAUUAGAAAAGCCGGGUAGACCUUUCCGUCGAUGCACAUUCUUUUUAACGGACUCGGAUUGCUGUCCAGUGGGCCGGCUGGCCCAGAGCUCUACCAGAAACUGACGUAUUCCGCCAACCAGCAAGAUUCCA